ACCGCUGCUCUUCUUCUCUCCCUCCCGCCCCCAUCCCGAGACGCGCCUUGGGGAGGGAAUGUUUAAGAAGCCUCCUGCCUCCCCUCAUCUCCUGGCCGGCAUCUUCCUUCCCUGCGCCCAGUUUUACCUCAGACGAUCAUGGAGAAGACGAUGAUCUUGCUAUGGGGCUUGCUGCUGCUUUCCAGGGGCUCAGCAGGGACCAAGGAACAGUGCUCCACGGGGAAAUACACUACCAGUGGGGAAUGCUGCCGACCCUGUAAUCUUGGGGAAGGAGUUGCCCAACCUUGUGGAGUAAACCAAACCAUCUGCGAACCGUGCCUGGACAGCAUCAGCUAUUCAGACACAGUGAGUGCCACCGAGCCGUGCAAACCCUGUAAAGAGUGUGUGGGCCUGGAGAGCAUGUUGGCGCCCUGCGUGGAAUCAGACAACACCGUCUGCAAAUGUAUCUACGGCUUCUACCGGGAUGAGAGCAAUAAGUGCAAAAAAUGCCGCAUCUGUGAAGUGGGCUAUGGCCUUGUCUAUCCCUGUGGGGAAAACCAGAACACGUGGUGUGAGAAAUGUCCUACGGGGACAUAUUCCGAUGAAGCCAACCAUGUGGACCCCUGUUUCCCCUGCACAGUGUGUGAGGAGGACGAGAUCAUUGAGAAGGACUGUACCGCAACUUCAGAUGCCAAGUGCAGAGCAGUUAAUCCAAGAUUUGCGAUGACAACCAAGGUCCCGAUGGAUUUCUACACCAGUGAUGCAAAUACAGAUGCAAUCAUAGAUGUGGAACACGCAACUAAUCCACAAUUUACAAUGGCAACCAAGACCCCGAUGGAUUCCAAUACCAGUGAUGCAGACACAGAUGUGGAACAUGGAAUUCCCAAAAGUCCUUUUCCUAUUACAAAUGGUUCAGAGAUCCUGGAUAUUUUGAAGAGCACUGUAAUGACCACCACAGUGACCACAGUUAUGGGCAGCUCCCAACCUGUCAUCCGAAGUGGGACAGCAGAUAACCUCAUCCCUGUCUACUGCUCCAUUUUGGCAGCUGUGGUGGUGGGUCUGGUGGCGUAUAUUGCCUUCAAGAGGUGGAACAGCUGCAAACAGAACAAACAAGGUGCCAACAACCGUCCUGUCAACCAGACGCCUUCCCCAGAAGGAGAGAAACUUCAUAGUGACAGCGGCAUCUCAGUUGAUAGCCAAAGCCUCCACGAUCAACAGCCACCGACACAGACAGCAUCUCUACAAGGUCUUAAAGGAGAUGGGAAUCUUUACACCAGCCUGCCACCUAAUAAACGGGAGGAGGUUGAAAAGCUGUUGAAUGGUUCCACGGAGGAGACAUGGCGCCACCUGGCCGGAGAGCUGGGCUACAAGGAAGAUCACAUAGACUCGUUUACGCAAGAGGAAUACCCAGUUCGUGCACUGCUCUCUGAUUGGUCCAGCAAGGACAGUUCCACCAUGGAUGCCCUUUAUUCAGCCUUGCGCAAGAUCCAAAGGGGGGACAUUGUGGAGAGUCUUUACAGUGAAUCCACCGCUAGUUCACCAGUGUGAAGGAGGGACAGGGGGCAGAGGCAUUCUGAGUUAGCUUCUCAUUUCCUCUGCCUCACUGGUGCCUCUUGGAAGAAGAACAUGUGAAGGAAAAGUAGAGCUUAUGCUUUCUGGGGACACUGGAACAAUCCUAUAAGCACUGAUUCAGUUAUUUUUUCUCCCUCUCUGCCCUACUGGCCUGGUAUUUUCAUCCAACGGCUCUUGCUAGUAAAAGACAUAAGACGGUAAAAGAAAAUGAAGGCAGGUGAAGUGGAUGUCUUGUUCGUACUGUAUGUGCUUCUUAAAAUCUCCUGGACUGACAGUGGGCUGCUGAUUCUGAACUGAGGCAAGGGUGAAGAAAGACAUCUGUCCAAAGUCAGUUGCUUGACUUCUCUUUCAGGUGCCUCUGACAUUUAUCCCAUGUACUUCUCCCAUGUUCUCGUCUAUGUAAGUUCUCUUUCUGCACUUGCACAUCUUCUUUCCUUCAGUCACCAGCUUACCCUAUUUAAGCACAUCUGAAAUCAGGAAAUAACAAGGAGACCAGCCAGAUAUGUUACAGAGUGAUGAAGGAUUCAAAGAAGGCAGAAAGAGCAGGAAUGCUGGGCCUAAAACAGGGGGACAUAUGGUGUUAUGAGGACAAAGUGAACAUUUGUUUUGAGACAGCCUCCUGAAGGGUCUCUGAAGUGGGAGGGAAGAAAUGUGGACCAGGUUUCUAGCUAUCAAAACUGACACUGUGAAGAUCAAAGCGAGAAGUUUAGGGAUGGAGCCCAAAGAGAAAAUAACCACAUUUCCAUCCAAGUACUGGUGACCACAUCAAGACUAUAUCUAAUCCUGCUCUUGUUUUCUUGCUCAGAUACAUUCCUCUCUAGCUCAAUAAGCAUUUUUUAAAAAAACCGUGUUGCAUUUUUUCUCUUCCUGGCUUUGACUGAAACCAGGCAAGUCAUAUAAACCCUUGCUUAAAGGAGCCAGAUAAGCCAUGGCGAAGAGUGGAGCUAGCCAGAAAAAAACAAGGCAAGCGGUCAGACAUAUUCAUGGGUUUUCCAAGAGGUGUUGCUUUGAUGAUGCCACGCACUCUGCAUUCUUCCUCAAACCGGUAAACCAAUCACUGUGGGUUAAUGAAGCUGUUACCUCUGUUGCAUUAAAAGGGGAAACAAACAAACAGAAAAAUCCCUUAGUGGCCUUAAUGCAUGAAGUGGGGAGCAAUCUAUAUGAAAACGUUGUAGCUGCUCUCAGAGGUAGAACUUUGUUGAAUGUUAUUCCUGCGCCAAGUGAUGUACAGCCAUCAGAACACCCUGAUGUUUUCCAUUUUCUUAAAUAUUAGAGGGAUCUGAAAAGUACUAUGGGGAUAGGAUGGUGGGGAGGUAUUCUACAAGCUAACAAGAAUCACCAAAAGCCCUUGAGCAAGAAAAAAAAAAUGAACUGGAACUGAACGAUUCUCUCCCUCUGUAUAUCUAUUACAAGAUCCACGCCGGUUUCUUUUAUUCUUAUUCUGAAUAUUCAAGUAGUUCUGAUGAAAAAAAAAUGGUGGCAUUUAAAAGCUGACGGUGUUUUAAACAACUGACUGGGCUGUUCAUGGGGAUUGUUUCGCUGCUCAUCUUGUUCCUCUGAAUUAAAACCACGGAGAAGAAAUUCCUCCAUCACAUGCUUGCACACACAUGUGUAUAUAACUAUGUACUUAGAAAGUAAUGGAAAUACUUCCUGGGGAAUGUUAGUUAGGAAUGCAAAUUAAUUUCCUAUCUCAGCCAAGGAGAUGAUUAGGGAAGCAUGGCAGUCUCUGAACAAAAUGUUACUAUUCUGAUCAUUUUUCUUCCAUCAUACUAGUUUUAAUGGUUUGCCUCACCAGAAACUUCUAUUUUAACCUUGACAUUUUUGCUUUCAACAAAACUUAGUAGCAAUUUUAAAUAGGGUGGUACAAACAGAUUGAGGAAAGUUUUUUGUUUUCUAUUUAAAUACUUUUUACAAAACCACCAGAGCCAUGACUUUAUUUGUGGGAUGUUGCCAUCGCACGACAAUAAUCAUAAAGAAGGAGCCAGAAGAAGAGCCAGGAACUUAUCCAAUGAAGUCCUAAAUUGUUUAGAAAGAAAACGUGGAGGUACAUGGAGGUAACUGUGGCCUGCCUGGUUUUGAGUCAAACUAUUGGCCCGCCUAGCCUAAUAUUCUUCUUUGAUCUGGCAGCAGCCUUCGUUUAUUCGGACAGAAGCUUCUUCAUAUCAACUCUGAAACCCAAGAUCCCUUUUUAGUGCUACAAAGGGCAUAGAACCUGGAACCUCUACACCAGUGGUGUCCAAA